AUUCGCCCUUACAACAGUAUUAUUUUUCGUCCCUCGUUUGGUCGCCUGACUGAUUGUUUCGGAACUUCGGAACAAACGUCAAAAACGUCUUUCUUUCGUGGGCGGAUCAUUGAUAACAUGAUGAAUAUUGUAGAGUGCGAGUUCUUGCUGUUAAGCUGGCUCAGUAUUUAGUUGCCGGACACGCCGAGUUUGAUUUUUUGAAUCGUUAACUUCCUUUCCCUCCCGACACGCCAUUGGAGCCAUUUGGAUGGAAAGAGUGAGAAAAUAAGGACCAGAAUGGAGAGUUCACAUCAGAAUCAGGUGUGCGUAGUGGUACGGAAGUGUUCUAAGGACCUGUUGCAUCUGUGAGCCGUUGCCUGUGAGUCCCAGAUCGUGAGAGAACAUAGGAUGGAAGACCACCCUAACUGCCCCAAUGUCAGCAUUCCCUGCUACAAUGAGCAGAGAGACAAGAAGAAACGCUAUACUGUUUACAAAGUAAUGGUCAAUGUUGGAAGGCAUGAGUGGUUUGUAUUCCGGAGAUAUGCAGAAUUUGACAAACUGUACAACACAUUGAAAAAGCAGUUUCCUGCUCUGAAUUUGAAGAUUCCUGCUAAGAGAAUAUUUGGGGACAACUUUGACCCAGAGUUUAUAAAACAGAGAAGAGCAGGGCUACAUGAGUUCAUUCAGAGGAUUGUGUCCCAUCCACUGCUCAGCAACCAUUCCGAUGUCAGAGUCUUUCUACACAUGGACAAAUCGAGAAACUUCUCCGAUGCCUCAGAGGAUGAAGAUGACAAGAGUAACUCAACCUCUAGAAACAUUAACCUGGGGCCAUCUGCAAAUCCACAUGCAAAGCCCAGUGACUUUGACUUUCUUAAAGUCAUAGGAAAGGGAAGCUUUGGAAAGGUUCUCCUCGCAAAGAGGAAACGGGAUGGGAAGUGUUACGCCGUCAAAGUCUUGCAAAAAAAGGUCAUUUUAAACAGGAGAGAGCAAAAGCACAUAAUGGCUGAGCGUAAUGUAUUGCUGAAGAAUGUUAAACACCCCUUCCUGGUUGGACUUCAUUAUUCCUUUCAGACAACAGACAAGUUAUACUUCGUCCUGGAUUUUGUCAAUGGUGGAGAACUGUUCUUUCACCUCCAAAAAGAGCGAACCUUCCCUGAACCCAGAGCUAAAUUCUACAUUGCUGAGAUGGGGAGCGCUCUGGGUUACCUGCAUUCUCUAAACAUUGUUUACAGGGAUUUGAAACCAGAAAAUAUCCUGCUCGACUCUCAAGGACAUAUAGUUUUGACUGACUUUGGACUGUGUAAGGAGGGCAUCUCCCAAGCAGAUACAACAACCACAUUUUGUGGAACACCUGAGUAUCUAGCUCCAGAAGUACUCCGGAAACAACCCUAUGAUAACACAGUGGACUGGUGGUGCCUGGGUUCUGUGCUCUAUGAAAUGCUGUAUGGGCUGCCACCAUUCUAUAGCAAGGACACACAUGAGAUGUAUGACAACAUUCUUCAUAAGGAGCUGGUAAUGCGCCCUGGGGCAUCCACAGCUGCAUGGUCCAUCCUUCAGGCCCUGCUGGAGAAAGACCACUGCAAGAGGCUUGGCUAUGGAAAUGACUUUAAUGAAGUCAAAGGGCAUGAAUUUUUCUCAUCCAUCAACUGGGAUGAUCUUGAACAGAAAAAGCUCCCACCCCCAUUCAACCCUAGUGUGGAAUCCCAGUAUGACAUCUCAAACUUUGAUCCAGAGUUUACAGAGGAAACUGUGCCGAACUCUGUGUGCUUCUCUUCAGGGCAGUCAAUAGUUAACGCUAGUGUAUUGGAGGCUGACGAUGCUUUCCUGGGAUUUUCCUACGCUCCACCAUCAGAAGAUUCUUUCCUGUAACUCCGAUCCUCAGAGAGUUGCAUGAAAUGGUUAUGCUGUGAUCACUCACUCUCUCUCUCUCUCUCUCUCUCUCUGAUGAAAGGGAAGAAUUUAACAAAUGUGAUGUCCCGAUCCGAGGGGAGACCCUUGUGUUAGUCGACAGAAGCAGUGAACCUUUUGGGGUGCAGGGUGUUUCAAACAUUAUUUUUAUGCUUGAAUAACAAAAUUCUAUUUUGUAUAACAUUGAACGCCUUACCCUGAGACAGCUCAGGGGCUGAAGUGUAAUAUUGAUAUUUUUGGUCUUUUUUCCUCAGAAUUAUUUUCUAUGGAUAGUUAAUUGUAUCAAAGAAAACUGGAUGAUAUUUGUAAAGCAAGCAUCCACUUUAUGACACAUUCCUAGUUUUCACCCCAUUUCUUAUACUUGAUUGUAAUAAUGUGCAGUGUAUGACCAAAUGUGCUAUUGUAGCUUAGUCUAUUAUUAGAAAGAUGCUAUGGAAAAAAUACAUUUAUAUUGUGUCAGCCAAAGCAAUUGAAUUGCUAAUUGACACUUUAAAUCAUAAUGUAUUACCCUUUAUACCGUUUCAUAAACUGUAUAUGUGAAAGAAUUAUAAUAUGGGCAGAGCUCUAAGUUUGGGCUGCAUUCUGAAAUCAUAACUAACCCUAUGAGUGACUCCAUCAAACAGUUAUAGUACCGUGUAAAUUGAACAUUUGUAGCGAUUGCAUCUUAGUUUUUAAUGAGUUAAAAUACUCACACACAAAUUAACCACUACUUUAUUUGCCUCCUCCUGGUUAUAUGAUGGGACCUCAUAGUGCCUACUGACAUAUAAAUGAUGUACUGUACAAGUA